AUGUAUGCCAUGCGAGGAGAGUUUUGUAUAGGCUUUGCCUCUGUCCUUUCGCUCGUGUCUUUGCUCUUGCUCAUAUUUGUCCAUGUUUCCCAAAUCAACACUUCCACUGUCCCUCGAAGUAUCUAUAUGGUCCACAUGAAUACCAGCGGUUACGAGCCCGCCAUCGAAUUGGCGACCAAGAACCCAUUCGAAAUUUACGCUACCAAUGCCUCCACUCCACUUGACCAGGGCCUGGGCCUCUACCUCGAUUACUAUUGGGGCCUAUACGCUCACUGCGGAUACCUGAAUGGCACUGAAGGCCAAUGCAGCAAUCAUACCCUUGGUCACCGCUAUGAACCUUCGACCACUAUCCUCAACGACCUUUCGCCUGCCCUUUCCAUACUGUCCAGAAGCCUCAUUCCCGACGACUCCUCUUUCACCGACGCGAAAUAUACCGGAAACUCCACCAAAGCUGCGUACUGGAUGAUUCUCCUUGGAACAGUAUGCGCCGGCCUUGCCUUCAUCACGUACGAACCCUCCCUUAUUCGCGGAAUCCCCAAACACAACUAUACCUUUUGUGUGUCGACCUUGUUCGCUGUCGCUGGCAGUAUCUUGCUCUUAAUCGGUGCCAGCAUAUGGACUGUCGUCAUCAAGCGCACUGAAGCGGUAAAUGACCUUAUUGUAAAUGCCCCCACUGUGAUUCCUGUAGGAAUCAAGGUCUCCGCGGGUAAGGGCUUGACUCUGCUUUGGGUGUCCUUUGCAGCUUUGACUGCCUCGGUUAUUCCUUAUAUGAUCUCGUAA